AUGUCUGAUUUAAAUCCAGGCAAACACCCAUUUAUUCCUAGGCGUGGAUAUAAAUUAGAUAGCACUAGAGAACGUGAACUUGAAUCUGAGCGUAAUGAGUUACUCAUUAAAACUGAAUUUUUUGCUAAUAAAUGUUCUGAUUUUAGAAAUGCCAAAGCGCUUGCAGAAACACGAUCAGAUGGGCUUGAAAAAGAGUUGAAAUCAAAAAAUGAAAAGAUUUUACUCACACGUAAGAAGAAAUCAACUCCAGUGAGUAUUGAAUCCUUUAAAGAAUUAAACUUGAAAUUUGAUGCCGUUAUUGCUGAAUUUGAAAAGGAAAAGAAAACACUCAUUGAUAUUAAUGCUAAACUUCAUGCUAGGAUUGUUGAAUUAGAACAUGACAAGAAAGCGACUGAUGCUCGAAUUCGGAAUCUAGUGGAGGAAAAUGGAGACCUAUAUUUUGAUGUAAGUUUACAAAAUAAAGAGAACGAUACUAGAUUUGCAAAAUUAGAACAGACUCAAGAUAGAAUAAUUAGUUUCUUUAGUAAUAAUCAAUCGACUCCAGUGAGUAUCGAGUCCAACUUGAAACCUCUUACCGCUGAGCUUAAAAAGCAAUUGACUCCAGUGAGUAUCGAGUCCUUUAAAAAAAAAUUAGACUCGAUACUUGAUGCCGUUAUUGCUGAAUUUGAAAAGGGAGAUGGAAUAUAUUGUUUCAAUAAUAUUAUGGAACCAAUCGUUGAUAUUAAUAGAGCACUCACUGAUGUUAAUAUAGCGCUCAUUGAUGUUAAUGCCAAACCUUAUGCUGGGUUUAAAGCGUUAGAAAAUGAUGAUAGAGAGUAUGAUGAAAGAUUGCUGGAGUAUAAAGAAAGAUUGCAGGAGUAUGAUGAAAGAUUUCGGGAACUAAAAUUAAAGAGUUUGAUGCUAAAAAACGAAAUUAGAGAAUAA